AUUUGCAGCUGGAAAAUGCCACGCGUGCAGAUUCUUAUUUGCAUCGCAGCCUCUAUUCUCAUUUCUCUGAUAGUUGCGGAUGAAUAUACCGGUCCAUACUCCGCUACGACACCUAGGAACGUCUUACUACUCUUGGCCGACGAUGGAGGAUUUGAAAUGCGAUCUUACCGAAACAAUGUUUGCCAAUCUCCAAAUUUGGAUAAUCUUGCAAAAAAUGGGCUGAUAUUCAACAAUGCAUACACUUCAGUAAGCAGUUGUUCACCUAGUCGCUCGACAAUACUUACUGGUCUCCCAAGUCAUGCAAAUGGAAUGUAUGGUCUUCAUCAAGGUGUACACCAUUUCAAUUCCUUUGAUGAUGUCCAAAGCUUACCUAAAAUUUUGAGGCAGAACAAUAUCAGGACAGGUAUUAUUGGCAAGAAGCAUGUUGGACCCGGGGAUGUUUACCCAUUUGACUUUUCCCACACUGAGGAGAAUAGUUCAAUUCUUCAAGUUGGGCGUAACAUCACGAAAAUUAAACUGCUUGUUCGAGAGUUUCUUUCUCAGAACAAAUCUCAACCGUUUUUUCUAUACAUCGCAUUUCAUGAUCCCCACCGUUGCGGACAUACAAAUCCAGAAUAUGGUAAUUUUUGCGAGAAGUUUGGAAACGGUGAAGAGGGUAUGGGCACUAUUCCUGAUUGGAAUCCUAUUUAUUACCAGUGGGAACAAGUCCAGCUACCUUACUUUGUGCAAGACACAGAAGCUGCGCGACGAGAUUUAGCAGCUCAGUACACUACCAUUUCUAGACUCGACCAAGGUGUGGGACUUGUAUUAAAGGAGCUCAGAAAUGCUGGGUUUGCCGACAAUACUCUUGUAAUCUAUACCUCCGACAACGGUAUACCAUUCCCUAGCGGCAGAACUAAUCUGUACGAUCCAGGCAUGGCAGAACCGAUGAUGAUAUCUUCGCCAUUCCACAAAGCAAGGAGGAACCAAGUAACAUACAGUAUGACAUCGUUACUGGAUAUUGUACCAACUGUUCUGGACUGGUUUAAUAUUUCUGAUAGAUCAGAACUAAUUGAUCACAACAAUGUAACACCCUUGUUUCAACGUACAGGGAAAUCUCUUAUUUCCCUUUUAGUUGAAGAGCCAAAUGAAGUUGACGCAGCUGUAUUUGCUAGUCAGACACAUCACGAAGUUACGAUGUACUAUCCCAUGAGGGCAAUAAGAACAAAGCGAUACAAACUUAUUCACAAUCUUAAUUACAAGAUGCCUUUCCCGAUCGAUCAAGACUUUUAUCUUUCACCGUCCUUCCAGGACCUUCUGAACCGUACACGAAGUAGAGAGCCUUUACGUUGGUAUAAAUCUUUGAAAUCAUAUUAUAACAGACCAGAAUGGGAAUUAUAUGAUUUAAAAUACGAUCCUGAGGAGCUAACUAAUAUAGCGUUUAAGCCAUCAGUCAAGGAUGUAUUUUCAAAGUUGAAAAUAAGAUUAUUCAACUGGCAACAAGAAACACGUGAUCCUUGGCUUUGUGCUCCAAAUGGGGUACUUGAAGCUGUUGGAGCUUACAAGAACCAUCCUCGAUGCAUGCCUUUGGAUAACUUCAACUGAUAACUGAAGCAUCAAGAAUUUCCAUUACAGAAAAUCAUUGAUAGAUUUACUGUAUUAGGACACUGGGAUACAAGUACGACUCAGCGUCAAACUUAAGGACCGUUAGAUAUUAUCUUGGUAAAGAAUUUAAUAUGAGUUAUUCAAGAUAUUAUUAUUAACAUUUCCAUAGUUUGCUAUGAUAAUUUUUCUAUGUUAUUCUCAUCUAUUCAUUCGAUAAAGCAAAACUAGGUAUGGAACUAUUUGUAUGCCAUUUCUGGUGGCUGCGAUACUGUACAUUUAAUCUUCACAUUCGACAACUACCAAACCACCAGCCCAAACAAUCUCUAGCACCAUAAUUUCUAGGUAAAGCUUACAAGCUACACUGUUCACAAGGCAAGUUUAUAAAACAAGAGACAGGAUUCUUUGUGGUCACUGUCACAGACCGAGAUUAACCAGAUUCUACCUCCAAAAAAAAAGGCUGAAGUAUUCAAUUUCCUCAGGCUGAUUCUCAUUUUCAACCGUCCUAAUGAAUGUCAUGGGGUUACAAUGAUGAGGUUUGAUGGUAAUUUUGUAAUUUGAUAACUAUAUAUUUUGGCCAAUUAUUCAAGUUAUUCUUGUUAAUUACGAGAGAACUUGAUCAUGACAAGAAAUAUUAAAGUAUGCGAGUUCUGUAAUAAGUUUGAUACCAUCUUGAAACGAAAAAGAAAAGAAGAGAAACUAAACAAAAGGAAUUAAUGUACCAUGGAGAAAAAACGCUCGACAAUUCUGAAUAAAAAAAAGUUAAGAUCCA